CCUUUUUUGUUCCAGAUCUCCUAAUGACAUUCCACAGAUAAUCAGUCGGCAUGGAGAGCCGAGUGGGCCUAGACUAUAUCGUCGAGCAUGCAGAGUACGCCAGCAAGCUCGCGGCGGCGCUCACGUCGCCGGCCGCGCCUGUUAAGAAGCAGGUGUUCGAGCUGCUGUCGGCCCUGUGUGUGUAUAAUGCCGACGGCUACGCCAGGGCGGUUGACACUCUCGACCGAUAUAAGACUUUAAAGAACGAGCGCUACCGUCUCAGCGUGGUUGUGGAAGAGCUGAAGAAUGCCAGCACCACCGACUACAAGACAGCCUUAGUGGCAUUUGUCAACUGUCUCAUCAUCAGCGCACCAAGACUGCCAGAGAGGACUCGUGUGCGCAAUGAAUUCAUUGGCUUGGGACUGCUGCCCACACUCAACAACCUGAGACAUGAAGCGGCCAGCCAUCCAGAUCUGGGCGUACAGCUGGACGUCUUCGAAGAACAACGGGAGAGUGACGAAGCUCAAGGCCCUGGAGGCAUUAAUCUCAACUCGCAUCUGGAUGUCUUCUACGCUAUCCUCAAACAGGUGGCCGACACUCCUCAAGAGAUCCCCUUCCUGAGCAUUCUGCAGCACCUCCUGAAGAUCGACCCAAAGGAGCCGGUCAGCGAUAUAGUGUGGGAUACAGCGGAGACGCUGGUCCAUCGCGCUACUCUGCUGGAAUCAAGGGAAGAUGCUGCAAAACUGCUUAGAGCACCUAGCGUGCAGGCCAAGAUGGGCUGCACGUGCCAGCACCGAGACGUUUCCAACGCGGGCAGAAAACAGAGUCUACAGAGGGCUCUGUCGCCGCCGCCGCCUCCGCCGGCACCGAUGCCUUUUGCUGCCCCACCGCCGCCACCAAUGAUCCCCCCACCGCCCUGCAUCCCGCCUCCGCCCUGCGGCCCGCCCCCACCUCCAGCACCCCCUAACCUAUCAGCCCCCUCCCCUAUACCGCCGGCGCCGGUCAUCGACGUGAAGCUGCCGCAGCAGGAAACGCCGAUUCCGAAGACCAAGAUGAAGACUAUCAACUGGAAUAAGAUACCUAAUAAUAAAGUAAUUGGUCAGAAUAAUAUCUGGUCGUUGGUGGCAUCAAGUCACAAACAUUCUCCGAAGACAGAACUGGACUGGGGCGAAAUCGAAGGACUAUUCUGUCAACAGAUUCAGCCCACCGGUUCGGCGGGUUCCUCCCCUCGUUUGGGUCGCAGUCCUAUUUGCGACACCUCAGGAGAGCGGAAACCAAGGAAGGAGUCAUCUGAGAUCACUCUUCUGGAUGGAAAGAGGAGUUUGAACGUGAACAUCUUCUUGAAGCAGUUCCGAAGCUCCAACGAAGACAUAAUCCAGCUAAUCCGCGAAGGUUCUCACGACGAUAUCGGCGCGGAGAAGCUGCGAGGCCUGCUCAAGAUCCUGCCGGAAAUUGAUGAGUGCGAGAUGCUGAAGGCGUUCACCGGAGAUGUAACUAAACUUGGGAAUGCUGAGAAAUUCCUGAUGCAACUCAUACAGCUACCAAAUUACAAACUGCGCAUAGAGUGCAUGUUACUAAAAGAAGAGUGGGCCUCGACGGCAGGAUACUUGGAGAGCGCCAUCAAUGCUAUUCUAGUAGCUGGAGAUGAUCUGAUGUCUUCAAGAGCUUUGCAGGAGGUAUUAUACAUAACCCUGAUCGCCGGUAACUUCCUCAAUGCUGGUGGAUACGCAGGCGGAGCCGCGGGCGUGAAGCUGUCUUCGCUGCAGAAACUGCCGGACAUCAGGGCCAAUAAGCCUGGGAUGAAUCUCAUGCAUUAUGUCGCCCUGCAAGCAGAGCGAAAGAACAAAGAGCUGACCCACUUCGCCGACGACACCCGCGUACUAGAAGAGGCCGCGAAAGCCAGCGUCGAACAACUUCAUAACGAGAUCAAGACCCUGGACAACCGUGUGGGGUUACUGAAGAAGGAAAUACAGAUGACCAACCAGCAAGAUAUCAGGGAGCAGAUGGGAGAUUUCUUGCAGGUUGCGGAGCGUGAGGUUUCAGCUCUAAAGAAGGAUAUGGAAGAAGUGGAGAGCAUUCGGAAACAGCUUGCAGAGUUCUUCUGCGAGGAUCCCGUUUCUUUCAAGCUUGAGGAAUGCUUCAAGAUCUUCGUGACCUUCUGCACCAAGUUCAGAUCAGCAAUAAGCGAGAACGAGCGACGCCGAGCCAAUGAAGAACAAGCUGCUGCCAGGAGACGAGCGAGGGAUGCAGCUGCCUCCAGGAUAAGAACUGGUGGCAGCGUAUGCAGCACCCCGGUGUCGGAGUGCGAGAAUCUCAUGGAAUCCUUGCUCAUAGACAUCCGCAACGGAUUGGGAAGGAGGUCUCUGAGGCGGCCCCAUGAUGCAUCGCCAUCUCCUGAUGUAACUCCAACCGGAAGCCUCCGUCGUCGCAGCCGCGCGAGUCCGGGAGACGAUGAAGAAGGCCUACUGGAAUUUCUCCGACAUUCCUCUCCAGCGGCCAACGACCUCAGAGAACGCAGUGCUUGGGGCAGUCUUGAUCGUUCCUGGUCGCGACGCGGCGCAGUGCGCGCGCGCCUGGAGCUGCCCGCGCGCGAGCGCCCCGCCUCGCCGCGCGCGCCGCCCGCGCCCGCGCCCGACGAGCCCCCCGCCAAACCCAAAGAAUGGCGGCAAAAAAUCGAAUCAUGGCUGCGCGCGAACAGCCAAGAAGAAAAACGAGACGCAGAGCUGCGCGAGAGAGCGCGGCGAGUGCAAGCGAAUCGGCGGUCCUUGGAAAACGACUCCGAGAGCGAACGAAGCACGACCCUCGACCCUCUGCCGGAGGGGCGCGCCGACUGGCGCCCCGCCGUGUUGCCCGACAGCGCCGUCGUCAAAGCCAUCGAGGCUGUUGAAGACGUCCAACCUCAAACAAAAGACAACAGGGUACCGUGGAGGAAGACGGAAGAAAACGAAGAGAUGCGCCGCCUGAGACGACAGCGGUCCCGACAGCAGAUAGAACAGCCACUCGUCUCUAUCACCGAGGAGGAGAAGCGAAAGUUGCCUGACAUCAGGAUCACCAGCCACAAAGACGUGAAAGACAGAGUCGAGAUCGACUCGGACAACAUCGAAACACCACCCGUCCAACGGAAGAUGUUCAAUCCUCCUCCAGAACGAGAGCCUUGCAGGAAAUUCCAACCGUCACUCGCUAAAAAUAAUGACAAAACGGUUGAGAUGAGAGAUCUUUGUCAAGAAAUUUUAGGAGACGGACAGUUUGAUAGAUUUUCCGCUGCACGAAGAACAAGGAGAUACAAGAGGAAUACAGAUUCCAGCUCUCCAGAAGAUGAGAAGAAACCGGAUAGCCCGGCGGAACUGGUAGCGGAAACUCAGGUCAUCAGACCUUCGAAACUAGAUAUUCAAGCCUCAUACGCUGUAGAGACCCCAGAAGUAGCAAAGCCUGUAGAAACCAAUAAAGACGACAAAGAGAAUAGACUUAAGCGUUGGCAGGACAGACUUAAAAACCAAAGUACGGAGAAACCCACACCGACCAAAGAAACUAAACAUCCUUACUCGAGGAUGCGGCGACAGACGUCCAUUAAUCAAGAAGAUGUCCAGAAAGCUAUUAGAGAACUGAAGUCACCAACAGAGACACCUACAGGCGUCUGGUCCAGGAGCGCUUAUAGGAAAUCAAUGACUGCUAAGAGCGACAAAAUACCGACGGAAAGAACGACAUCUCCAAGAAUCCCCAAAGUCAAGUCAGAACAUGAAUUAAACGAUGAAGGUUUUGAAGAAACUCAGAGUUUGAAUUCUGAAAGCGCUUCCCAAGGUGCAUCAUCAGGAUGCAACGUAGAAUGUGACUCCCCCGUCCCUCUUAAGUCUAAAUCCCCGAUAGCUCCAAAGAAAAUCACAACCAAAGAGUUAAGAACGCCUCCGCGAACGCCGAUAGACCCGAAACGAACUGUUCAGAAAAGACAGAACUCUUUGAGAGUGGAAAGGUCAACUUCUCGUGCAUCCUUGCGUAGUUCAAGGAGUUCUCUGAACAGUUCCGCAUCUGUAGCCACUGUUAAAAGAGCUCCCGCGCCAGUCAAGCCUGCUCCAAAAGUAGUCCCUAAACCAGUGGUCAGAAUGCCGGCAUCGCGAUCUUCAUCGAGCGGCAGUUCGGUGGGAACCUCCAGGCCUCCUUUAAAAUCAGUCAAUAGGACAUCAGGGUUCAUGCGGCCGACACAGGCUUCAAAGGGAAGGGGGAAUGUAGCUCCACAACCAACUGCAAGAGCUAGCUUCAAGUAAAUACCAAAUUACAACUAUAGUUGGAUUUUUGGAUUGAAUUUUGACCUUGUGAGUUUGAAUGAUCUAGCGAAGAUGUCUUGUAAAUUUUUAGACAAUUAUAUUUUCUAUUAAAGGUUCUUGUAUCACUCGUCAAUAUUAUUAAAGCAAUGGCAUCUUAAUUAAGAUCCUUUAAACUCAUGAGAUGUUUUAAAAGAAAUGAAACGUCAGAUAUUCUACUUUGUUCAAUGAACUUUCUAGAAUUUAGCUAGACCGUUGGUAAAGCCAGCUAUGUUUUAGUAUUACGUAAUAUCAAUGUAAACGUCAGAUAUAAAAUAUUAUUGAAACUUUCAGAUGACACAGACGAUAUUUCAACAAUCUGAAGCUUUCAAUGACUGAUUAUUUUUAAUAUUUAGUUAAUUUUUUAACAGAUCUGUUUAACUUAAUUUAGAUUUGACUUGGGGCCCGUACACACAGGUAUGUCUACACUAGUGUGUUUUUAGGUUUCAUAAAUUUUCCAAACUACGUUUUUAAGUUUCAAACUACGGUACACUUAAUGUCAUACAAGACGAAUUUUGAUUUCCAACGGUGUAGACUUACCUGAAAACCCUUCACUGUUCAGUGUUCCAAUAAAAAAAACUGUUAAUGAUUCCAAGAGAUCAAGUUUUUAGGAACAACUGUACAGUAAAAGGUUAAAAUUAUGUACCGUGAAUAUAGUGCCACGAGAUAGUACGGGUAUUAUUACCAGUUUAUUUUAAAUAGAAACUUAUUUUGUGCCAUUUUUAUUCAGAAUGGCGUAUUUACGUCAUGAAAUGGAUUUUAUAAGUUAUUUAAGAUCGAAAUAUGAAACCGAAGGUGCACAAACUGGUGAAUAAAAAGAUAAAAUAGAGGAGAUUGGGACACUUUUCUAAUAGUACUUAUUCAGAAAUAUUUUCAGUAGUUCUAAAAGUGAACUUUACGAGUAUCAGUAUUGUCUAAAUCGAUACAAACAUAAAUUAUACUUGAAUCCCUAUAUUACGUAAUGUUAAUUAAUUAUCUGUUACUGUAUAAUUUUCGGAGACCAAAGUAUUUUACAGAAUUAUACCCAGUUUCCUCUUUUUAUUAAAAACAAAGAAACUAUUUUCUUAGGAGAACCAAUUGAUAGAAUAGAUCUAAAUAAAAAUUAAAUGAUAUUCGUAUCUUAUAUUAGCAUGCAAAAGUAUUUUUAUACCGUAUUAGGUUAAAUUUUGACAAUCAGUCUUGAAAUCCCAGUUAAGUCACUUAUUUGUUUUAACUACUAAUAAAUGUUACGAAUAAGAUAUAUUUCAAUGAAUAUUAAAAUAAAGAUUUCUAUGUACUAUAUUAAAACAAAGACAUAAUGAUCUGAUCCCGAAACGUAUGAACAAAAUCUGAUAAGAAGUAUUAUAUCUUAAUAUUUUUAAAAUUGCUAUGAGAAUGGAUUUUAGAGACAACAGCUAUAUUUUUUACAGUUAGGUACGUAAUACAGUUGCAGAUUUUGCAAUUUACUAGUGAAAUCAGAUUUUUUGAAUUAUUGUGACGACUAUAAUGGUUAAAAGGUUAAAUAUCUAUUGUCACUCUAUCUUCGCAAUUUGUAAAAAUAUAUCGCUAUUUAAAACUACAAACUAAUUGAUUGUUGAACUGCUACAACAUUUUUGAAAUCCAUAAUAAAGGUUAAAUACUUCUGGUCAGCCAAGUGUAUUGUAUUAAUCAAAAACAUCAAAAUGUAAGGUCACAAAUCUCGAAUAGUAUGCUCUUUAUUAUUAUCAUAAAUUUAAUUUAAGAUUUAACAAAUAUGUUUUAUUGUAUGUGUUUAACUAAACAAAAUACAAUAAAUUUUCAUACGAAAUA